AAAUUAAGAUAUAAAAACAAAUUCUGUCUAAAAAAAAUACAAAAACAAAGCCAACUAAUUCCCAUAAUGAAAGCCAAAUGAGACGGAUCUCACUGUACACUAAUUCAUGAAUAAAAUUAUUACAAUUUAAAAAUAUUUAAUUAAUGUUUAGCAUCGUAUAUACCACAUACCUUAGUUAACUGUAUAUAAUUAUUCUAAUCUGAUUUUUCCCUUAUAUUAACACUAUAUAACUACAUUUCAAGUGAAAAUCUAAUUUUUCUCAGUCUCAUUUUCCCAAAUCUUGAUCUCUCUUCUGGCUCUUUGUCACAUUUACUUAAACAGAAACCAAUAGUGCAUAUUUUUUCUUUUCUUUUCUUCCAAACAAGGUGAAAGAAAAUCGUAGAAAGUUGGGUAUAUGUAACAAGUGAGAUAUAUUAUUUAUUAUAAUUAUUUAUAAAAAUCCAAUGGGCGUGGCAGUAAUCUUGAUUUUCAUCUUGUUCUCUCUCAUCAGCUCACCUUCUUAUGGGUAUGAUCCUCUAGAUCCCUAUGGUAACGUAUCAAUUACAUGGGAUUUUAUUCUUCAAAAUGGAAAUACCUAUGACAUAACAGUAUCAAUAAGAAACAACCAAUUAUACCGGCACGUGGAGAGUCCGGGCUGGCGAGUUGGUUGGGAAUGGAAAGGUGAUGAGGUAAUAUGGAACAUGUGGGGAGCUGAAGCAAGAGAACAAGGGAAUUGUGCAAAGUUGAGAGGUGAAGAACAGCUUCCUCAUUGUUGUGAGAAAAAGCCAGAAAUUGUGGAUCUCAUGCCCGGAACACCUUACAAUCUCCAAGUUUCCAACUGUUGUAGAGGAGGAUUUUUGGGUUCACUCAUUCAAGAUCCCACAAACCAUUUAUCUACUUUUAGAAUGAUUGUUGGAGAUACUAGUACUAAUAAUAAUGGCACAAUAAAUAUGCCCCAAAACUUCACUCUUGGUCUCCCUGGCUACACUUGUGGAAAUCCUUUUCAAGUCUCUCCAACUAGGUUUUCCCAAGAUGGUGGUCGACGAUAUACACAAGCUCUUGAGACAUGGAAAUUGAACUGUAUGUACUCUCAGUUUCGAGCAUCAACAGUCCCAAACUGUUGUGUUUCUUUAUCUGCUUUUUACAAUGACACCAUUGUCCCUUGCCCAAAAUGCAGCUGCAACUGCCAAGGAUUGCCUGGAGCAAAAUGUCUCACGCCUGAGAAUGAAAUAUUGCAACUUCCAGUAGAGUACUCAUCACGUGAGACGAAAGAGGAUAAAAGGUCAAGUUUAGUGAGGUGCUCAGAGCACAUGUGCCCCAUUAGGGUUCAUUGGCACGUGAAACAAAGUUACAGAGAAUAUUGGCGUGUGAAAAUCACUAUUACUAAUAUGAAUUUUGCUAAGAACUAUUCUCACUGGAACUUGUUGGUUCUUCACCCAAAUUUGCAAAGUCUCACUCAAGUGUUCAGCUUCAACUAUCGUUCACUCAAUCAGUAUGGAAACAUAAAUGAUAGUGGAAUAUUUUGGGGGAUUGAGUACUACAACGACAUGUUGGUGAAAUCAGGCAAGAGUGGGAAUGUACAAAGUGAGAUGUUACUACACAAAGACACUCCAAUUUUUAGCUUCAAACAAGGAUGGGCUUUUCCUAGAAUGAUUUCCUUUAAUGGUGAUCACUGUGUCAUGCCAUCUCCUGAUCACUACCCAACACUCCCAAACAUUGCCCAAACAUCUUUCAUAACCCCAAAACCUUCAUCAUUAUUUUCUCUAUUUCUUUUCUCAAUCUCAAUACUAAUCAAAUUUAUAUAACUAUAUAUUCCUACUCUUCUCCAUCUUCUUGUUAAAUAAUCAUUUUAUUAUUUGUUUCACAACAAAUGUUUGUAAAUUUUGUUUAAUUUCAAAUCAUGAUCAUUCAUGC